CGGGCCGGGCCCAUGGCGGCGUCGGCGGCCCUGUCUGCAGCGGCGGCGGCGGCGGCCCUGUCGGGCCUGGCGGUGCGGCUGUCUCGCUCGGCCGCGGCCCGCGGCUCGUACGGCGCCUUCUGCAAGGGGCUCACGCGCACGCUGAUCACCUUCUUCGACCUGGCCUGGCGGCUGCGCGUGAACUUCCCCUACUUCUACAUCGUGGCCUCGGUGAUGCUCAACGUGCGCCUGCAGGUGCGGAUCGAGUGAGCGCCCGCGACCACCGCCGCCCGGCCACGACGGCAGGGGCGCCGGCAUGAAGCUCCGCGGGGCCCAGGGCCGCCGGGACGCGGCGGGGGAAGGAGGAGGGGCGGCUUGGGCCCCCGGACCCUAGAGCUCGGCGGAGGUCACGGCCACCGAGCCCCAAGCCCCGGCUCUGGUCACCCACGUCGCGGCCGGUGACAAACUGCACAGAAACUCGCGAAGCGGGCCCUUUCCAUCGCACUCGAGAAAAUUAGUUGAGUGCGGCCGACCUGUUGCCUCACCUUGGCCGAAGUGGGGAGGAGAAGGAAGAAAUUGUGCAGCAGGAACGUGAAUGACUGGCCCUGACCGAAGAGGCUGGCCCCUGGGCCCAGCAUCGCACGGGAGAGACUCAUCUGGAUGGGCCUGCAUUGGUCCCGGAGGCCUUGGCUGCGCUGCUGACUGAUGCACCAGGAGCCGUGCCGAGGGGAGGCGGCAGAGACCCUGGCCCUCACGCCGCACCGGUCCCACGUCUGCUCGGGCAGUGGUUGCUCACGGUCGAUGCGCUCAGAGUUCCUGGGGCUGAGGACCCCAGCAGCCUGGUUGCCCCCAGGACAGAGUGGACGAGCCUCACACCAUGUGGCCUCCUCAGCUGCCCAGCUGGAGCCCGGGUCCCAGGUGAGGAUCUCUGCCUGCCUCACCCCGGGGCCGGAGGCUGCACCGCGGCCACCACGUGCCCCCCACAGAUGCCCACCGACGGGGCCUGAUGGCUUCCUUCCUUGUGCCAAGUCACCCGGAGCCCUGGUCCUGGUGGCCCUCCUCCACCGCAGCUGUGUCCACCCAGGUCCACUUCUGGGAGCCUGCCAGCCUGCGGACUGCACCCACGGAGCUGUGGGGACCACGUCUGAGAGACUGUGACGCGGGGCUGCAGGGGAGGAGGGGGGCAGAGGACGAGGGUCCUCCUUGGGGCUGAUUCGCAGAUGUGCCCCUUUCAAGCCCAGCUCUCACCCUCCGGGUGGCUGGAUCGCCAGCUCCAGCCUCUUGCUGGGCCAGCCUGAGAGGGCCUGAGAAUGGCACAGGGGAGGCUCUUCGCUGACCGCGUGGGUGCCCGUGUGUGAGCGCGCAUGUAUGAGUGUGUGCGAGUGUGCGGGUGUGAGCGUGUGUGUGAGUGCUUGUGCACGCCCACAAGCGGCUGUGCGUUGCAGCGGGCGCGGAGCUGUUGGGCGGAGUGAGCUGUGCAGGGUGCCCUGUCCUUCCUGGGCUCGGGGCUCAGCCGGAGCUGCCUGGGGCUGCUUCCCAACGGGGAGAAAGCGUGCUGGAGGCCCAGGGGCCCGGGCUCAGAGACCCCCUCCCACCCGCAGAGAACCCCCCCAUCGUGGGAGGGGCACGGCGGUGGCCCUGGCUGGGGCUGUCUGCGCUCCGAGGGGCUGGCCGUGGGAGGGGCUGGCCGUGGGAGGGGC